GCGGGCGGCGCAGGAACGCGGCUCCGGCGGCCGCGGAGCCAGGGCGAGCAUGUAGCGGCCGCGGGGGGCGCGGGGCUCCCGGGGCGGGCCGGGCCACGGGGACCGCUCGCGGCGACAUGGAGGAGGAGGGCAAGAAGGGCAAGAAGCCUGGAAUCGUGUCGCCUUUUAAACGAGUGUUCCUGAAAGGUGAAAAGAGCAGAGACAAGAAAGCCCACGAGAAGGUGACAGAGCGGCGCCCGUUGCACACAGUGGUGCUGUCCGUGCCUGAGCGAGUGGAGCCCGACAGACUGCUGAGCGACUACAUCGAGAAGGAGGUGAAGUACUUAGGUCAGUUAACAUCCAUACCCGGAUACCUGAACCCUUCCAGUAGGACCGAGAUCCUGCAUUUCAUUGAUAGCGCAAAGAGAGCCCACCAGCUCCCCGGACACUUAACCCAGGAGCACGAUGCGGUGAUCAGCCUGUCUGCCUACAACGUCAAGCUGGCCUGGAGGGACGGGGAGGACACCAUCCUCAGGGUCCCCAUCCAUGACAUCGCUGCCGUGUCCUACGUGCGGGACGACGCCUCGCAUCUGGUGGUGCUGAAGACAGCCCAGGACCCCGGCAUCUCCCCCAGCCAGAGUCUAUGUGCGGAAAGUUCCAGAGGCCUCACCACAGGCUCGCUGUCAGAGAGUGGAGUGGGGCCUGUGGAGGCAUGCUGCCUGGUGAUCCUGGCCACAGAUAGCAAGGUGGCCGCGGAGGAGCUGUGCUCCCUGCUUGGGCAGGUCUUCCAGAUUGUGUACACGGAGUCCACCAUCGACUUCCUGGACAGAGCCAUAUUUGACGGGGCCUCGACACCCACCCACCACCUGUCCCUCCACAGUGAUGACUCUUCCACCAAGGUGGACCUGAAGGAACCCUACGAGACGGACGCCAGCACCUUCUCCUUCCCCGAGUGCGUGCACACAGGUGUGUUGCCCUUGAAUUUCUGUGUGUCCACGGUGCCCCACGCCAAGGCUGCCAGUGAGAGCGAGCUGAGUGCCACGGCCGCCGAGCUGCUGCAAGACUACAUGCUCACGCUGCGCACCAAGCUGUCGUCGCAGGAGAUCCAGCAGUUCGCCGCCUUGCUGCAUGAGUACCGUGACGGGGCCUCAGUGCAUGAGUUCUGCAUCAGCCUGCGGCAGCUCUACGGGGACAGCCGCAAGUUCCUGCUGCUGGGUCUGCGGCCCUUCAUCCCUGAAAAGGACAGCCAGCACUUCGAGAACUUCCUGGAGACCAUUGGCGUGAAGGACGGCCGUGGCAUCAUCACCGACAGCUUCGGCCGCUGCCGGCGGGCCCUGAGCUCCACCUCCACCUCCAACGGGAACAGGACGGCAGGCAGCUGCGACGACCAGUCGGCCCCUUCCGAGGGGGACGAGUGGGACCGCAUGAUCUCGGACAUCAGCAAUGACAUCGAGGCCUUGGGCUGCAGCAUGGACCAGGACUCGGCCUGACAGUGCCGGGAGGGUCAGUGCCCGCCAGUCCGCCCUC